UCCAAGCUAGUCUGAGCGGAGAAAGUAAUGAAGAUGGAAGGAGCUGAUGUUGAUGAAUUAUUGAGGAGAUUGAUGGAGUAGCGGAGUGAUCGCGGUUUACUCGUCUGGUCGGAACGAUAGAGGACGGCGACACCGGGGAUACUGACAGAUAGCAUGACCGUAGAGGUGACUCCACUGCAGAUGAGGGAACAUGUUGGCUAUGGACCAAGGAGUGGUGGAGGAAUGGCUGUCAGAAUAUAAGACCCUCCCUGACAGUGCUGUGUCCAUCUAUGCUGCCUCACUAAAAGACAAAGGUGCCCUGGUCCCUGCGCUCUACAAGGUCAUCCGAGAGAACUACAGCGAUUUGCUGGAGCCAGUGUGUCACCAGCUGUUUGAGUUUUACCGAAGUGGUGAGCCGCAGCUGCAGCGUUUCACACUACAGUUCCUGCCAGAGCUCCUGUGGAGCCUCCUGUCCGUCAGCGCAGCCAGAGACCCUCACACAUCCGGUUGCAUCGAGGCCCUGCUGCUGGGCAUUUACAACCUGGAAAUAGUUGAUAAAGAUGGACAAAGUAAAGUGUUAUCUUUUACCGUCCCUUCCCUCUCCAAACCAUCAGUGUACCAUGAGCCCUCAGCUAUCGGCUCCAUUGCCCUUACAGAAGGGGCUCUAGCCAAUCACGGGCUGAGCAGGGUGGUGUACAGCGGGCCACACCUCCAGAGAGAGACCUUUACGGCACAGAACAGAUUUGAGGUGCUGACCUUCCUGCUGCUGUGCUACAAUGCUGCUCUCAGCUACAUGACCUCCACCUCCCUCCAGUCCCUCUGCCAGCUCAGCUCCAGGGUGUCUAUAUGCGGUUACCCACGGCAACAGAUACGGCGCUACAAAGGCAUUAGCACACGGCUGACAGUCACGUCAGAGUUCCUGGUUCAGCUCAUCACAGGGAUACACUACGCCUUGUGUAAUGGGGAGGUUGAACUGGGAUCCAAAGCACUGGAUGACGUUCUGUAUCGGGCCCAGUUGGAGUUGUUCCCUGAAGCUUUAUUGGUUGGUAAUGCCAUCAAGUCGUCAAUGCACGGCGCUGCACUGAAGAGCAACAACAAGGAGGGUGCACGGAGCAUCCAGGUGGAGAUCACACCCACCUCCUCCAGGAUCUCCCGAAAUGCAGUCACCUCCCUCUCUAUCAGGGGACAUCGCUGGAAGAGACACGACGCAGUGGAUCUGGGUUCCCCGGAUGAGCUGAUGGAUAUUUCGGAGGUGGAUGAAGGGGUGUGGCCGGGCGGGAUGGGGACGGACAUGACCCCACCCACCAUCACAAUUAGUAACAGUGUUACCACGUUGAACCUGGGGGCCAAGGCCAUGAAGAAGUGUCGGCUCGGCGGGCGCACCAGCAAGGACAAGGAAGCGGGCCCUCUGACAACGGGCCGGGCCGCCAGCGAGAACGCAGAGCUCUCUUUCAAGCGACUGACGCUCACCUCCAGCCAAUCAGUGCCCAAGGCGGGAGCCCUCACCAGCCUGACGCGCACCGCCAGCGCCGUCUUCUCGCGUUCCUUCGAGCAGGUGGCCAGCAACAACGCCCCUCCAUCCAGCAACCACACCGUCUCUGAAGUGGGUCGCUACUCAUGCAGCUUACAGGAGGACGGGCUGGGGUACUUGAGUCCGGCGCCAAACCACACGCAGCGCUCCCCGAGCAUCAGCGUGCACCUUGGCUCUGACCUUUGAACCCUUCUGUGACUCCUGACUACCUGAACCCUCGCCCUAUGAUCCUGUGACCCUGUACCUGUGACCGGGAACUCCAAGCCAUGCCAACUGCAGCGGACCACAAACACUCCUGCUGGUUCUCUCUCCUCGCUCCAUUUUAACGUCUGAUUCUCUGUGUUGUAAAGCUGCCGUGCUCCUCUCCCUCAGCAGAGUCUCCUCUGGGCCUGAUGGAGGCCGGAUGUCAGGAAUGUCACUUCCAGCUUCACUGACUUUUAGUAGUGCACUGCUGCUGUGACGUCGUGCCAGGAAAAAAAAAAAAGUGCACUCCGUCGCAGAGCAGCCUGUCUGUAAACGGGUGCACUUGAAACUUAUUACUAAAAAAACUGUGUGGAAAAGUUUUUGGAAAGUAUUUUAAUCGGCAUUUGUUGCCCUGCAUGGCUUUUCCAUACAUCCAUCCUGACCGUGCCCAGGUUUGUCUGAGGGCAGAUGUUGAGUGUGUAUGUGUGAGCAUGCUUGAGUGUGUGGACUGGAUGUGUGUAUGUACAAUUGUUUUUAGAAUAAAGGCUGCUGAUUGAUACAAUGAACAAGGUAUGAUUCUCCAAGUUGAAACAAAUGUUUCAACUAGUUUUAGAAGAAAUAAUUGAACCCUUCCCAUAGCAAUACAAAUCUCUCCUCUUCAGUGUUUUUUCAUUCACACCCAUUUGUUUGUAAACGGUUACAGUUGUGCUCCUUUUUUUUAAAGAGAAUCUGCAUUCUUCCUCAACACGUCAGGAAAAAAAGACCACUUAAUAAUCAACCACUAUGUUAAGAGUUCAUUAUGUUUACAAUCACACAGCAUUGACAUGAUGGAGAAGCAAUAUUUGUGUCCUUCCUUCUUGCUCCUUUAGCACCUUCCAAAAUUGCUGUUCGAUGGCAAAAAAUAAAACUCCAACUUCUCACAAAUGACGCAGCUGAUUUUGAUUCUGGGGACGAUGGGUGUGAAUGAUUUGUUAAGUAUUGAAUUUGCACUUGAUAGAGAAAAUAAGUUGUGUUUCAACUUUGGUAUUUUCUUACGAUGAACAAGAGAGGAAUGUCUCUCAACUGUGGUAUUUUCCUGUGAGAGAGAUGUGGUUUGUUGCUGCCUACGGAUUUUAACCACAAAGACAUGAAGUCCACCUACUUGUACAGAGGUGAAAGAAUCUGAUACCCCUGACUAAAGAUGUAAAAAAGUCGACCAAAACUGUAACUGAACCUAUUCCUGUGUGUUCUGCAGUGGGAAGGUGUGUGUGGGGGCAACAAGGCAUCUUCCCUCUUUCCCGAUCCGCCCACCACUCCAGCUGUUUGUAGUUCUUUGGUGAUGUGUUUCCCGUGUCCCUCCUUGUCGUUCACAUCAUUAUCAUCGUGUCACAAGACAUGGCGAUAUUCUCUUGUUCCAAAACAAAAAAGGAAUUAAACUCCACCCAUAUGCUACAUUUGGUGUCCUAAAUCAAGUUGCCCCACCCUCGAGCAUAAGUGUGUUCUGUUGUCAGUGUACUAGAGCUGUCCGGUGUCCAUAGCUUGGUGGGACAAUAACAAUCAUCGUGUUUCUGUAUGUGGGUUUACAGAAUGUGAUUGGGUAAGCUCUUGUUGUACAUCAUACUGUUGUACUUAAGUUGGUUUUUAUUGGCCUUUCUUUGUCUGAAGAUAACUCACUGCUACAACUUCUCGGAAUAAAGUGUUUCUAUAUUUCA